AUGGGAAAGGAAGGCACUGUAUUAAUCCUCUGCUUCUUAACCAUAAGCUUCAGUGCCAUUUAUGUUUCUUCACAAAUAAUUUGUGAUGAUACUGCUGGGACUUUCAAACGCAGUAGUCCAUAUGACAAGAACCUCCGUCUCAUCAACUCCACUCUAGCUUCUAACGUCACGAACCAUAACGGCUGGUCCAACGGUUCGAUCGGGCUAGGCGGCCCCAACAUAGUCUACAACAUGGGAAUGUGUUCUUCAGGUGCUGGACCAGACGCUUGCUCCUCCUGUAUCAACGACGCGUUCAACAGUUUACUACAGACAUGUCCGAGCCAGACAGACGCUUUCUCAUGGGUCGGUGAUGAGAUCAUUUGCCUUGUUCGCUACUCUAGCAAGUCCUUCUCCGGGGUCCUAGCCUUAAAGCCUUUUGAUCAAUUUCAUAAUAAUUUCGAUAUAAGAAAGGAAGACCAGAAGGGGUUUGAUAGUGUGUGGGACGGGUUAAUGUCUCGUAUGAUCACAUCAGCUUCUUCCUCGGUGAGAAACAGUUCGUCUAAUUCUUCUUCUUCUUCUUCUCAGUUGUCAUUGUCUAGUAGUAAAUACUAUGCAAAGGAUGUAUCUCCGGUGCCGAUUUACGGGAACAUUACGGUGUUGAUGCAAUGCACUCCAGAUAUAUCUUCGAAAGAUUGUAAACUUUGCUUAGAGACAAGCGUUAGUUACUAUAAAAACGAGCUCCAUGGGAAGAAAGGCUGUAUUAUAUUGCGGCCAAGUUGCUUUUUGCGGUGGGAAUUGUUUCCUUUCUCUGGUGUGUUUGAUAAUAUUAAUUUUAAGCCUGGGCCAUCACCGGCGCCUUCACUUCCGCCUUCACCGCCGCAUGCUGAUGCUGACCUAACCAAUACAGGGUUCUCGAGAGGAAAGAUAGCUGCAAUAGUCAUUGUUAUGUUCGUUGCCAUAAUAGUAUUUGCCGUAGGUGUAGCUAUUUUCAAGAGAAGAAAGCAAAAGCAAGACAUUGAACUUCCAACGGAAUCUGUUCAAUUCGAAUUAAAAACAAUUGAAGCAGCAACAAACAACUUUUCAGAGCGUAACAAGCUUGGUGAAGGUGGAUUUGGUGAGGUUUACAAGGGUAUGCUUAUGAAUGGAACUGAAGUUGCAGUAAAGAGACUCUCAAAAACAUCAGGACAAGGCGAAGUAGAGUUCAAGAAUGAGGUUGUUGUUGUUGCAAAGCUUCAGCACAGAAAUCUUGUUAGACUUCUUGGAUUUUCUCUUCACGGAGAAGAGAAAUUACUUGUCUAUGAGUUUGUUCCUAACCAAAGCCUCGAUUAUUUCCUCUUUGACCCUAGUAAGAGAGUUCAGUUGAACUGGACAGUGCGACGCAACAUCAUUGUGGGAAUCACUCGAGGAAUUCUAUAUCUUCAUCAAGAUUCACGACUAAAAAUUAUACACCGUGACCUCAAAGCAAGUAACAUUCUCUUAGAUGCCCACAUGAAUCCGAAAAUCGCUGAUUUCGGAAUGGCAAGGAUCUUUGGAGUGGACCAAUCUGUAGCCAAUACAGCGAGAGUAGUUGGAACCUUCGGUUACAUGCCACCUGAAUAUGUGACCCAUGGCCAAUUUUCGACGAAAUCAGAUGUAUAUAGCUUUGGAGUCUUGAUUCUUGAGAUCAUUAGUGGCAGAAAGAAUAGCAGCUUUUACCAAAUGGAUGGUCUGGUUAACAACUUAGUCACAUACGUCUGGAGACUUUGGGAGAAUGAAUCAUUGCUUGAGCUUGUAGAUAAUGUUAUCAAAGAAGAUUGUAAGCGCGAUGAAGUCAAUAGAUAUAUACAUAUUGGGCUGUUAUGUGUUCAAGAAAAUCCUGUAGAUCGUCCAACAUUGUCGACAAUACACCAAAUGCUCACAAAUAGCUCAGUUACUCUGCCUGUGCCUAGGCCACCUGGAUUUUUCUUUGGGAACGGACCAAGAUCAAACCCAGUAGCCCAUGGAUUAGAGCCAGGUCAGUCGAGUAGCAAGUCUAUUCCUUGUUCUGUAGAUGAAGCAACAAUCACUGAAGUUACUCCUCGUUGAAAAUUCAACAUGUUCGGUAUGGAUUGGUUUUGGUUGUCAUUUGUUUUUUAUGUCCGAAGUCAAUACGCUUUAUUCAAGAAAAAAAUAGUGCUUUGAUUAGACGUCAGUGACGAGUUUAAAGUCCUCAAAACAGUAUAGAAGGAAGAUGAUCAAGACGCAGAUAAUUUUUUAGAGGCAGAUACUCUCAAAUUUUCUUUAGAA